GCCCGAUGAGAAGAGCGGAGAGGAGGAGGCUACCAGCCGAGGGGGGGUAGCCGAUUCCCGGAGAGGUUUUCUCACUGCCCCGUCGUCCGAAUUAUUAAAAUCGUGACGGCAGCAAAUGAAAACAAAAAUAAAAGCAUCAUAAAACAUGGUGCUCGCUCCCGGAGAAGACCUCCCGUCGGGCCUGUGAGUGUCGGCUGGUUCGCCGUCGCCGCCUCCUCUUCGGGGGAUUCUGCUGUCUUGAGUCCGUCCUGACCCGCGACACCGCCAGGCGAUGACAGCGGCUACAGCCACUCCGCAGGUGAUGAGAGACCGGCUGCUGCAGGCCAUCGACGGCCAGAGCAAUCAGAUAUGCAACCUGGUGGUAGUUAUGGAGGUGAUCUCCUUUUUGGAGAAAUAUCCUAUCACCAAAGAGGCACUGGAGGAAACCCGUCUUGGCAAGCUCAUCAAUGAUGUCCGGAAGAAAACCAAGAAUGAGGACCUUGCAAAAAGGGCCAAGAAGCUCCUGCGAAACUGGCAGAAGCUAAUUGAGCCCGGAAAGGGUGAGGUGUUGUCCAAAGGUCACAGCGGUGCAUCAUGGUCUUCCAAUGGUGGUGCUCAUCCCUGCAUCUCCACCACAGCUGCAACCACACCAUCAGGUAAAACAGGUCCAGAGUUGAAGAACAGAAAUGACUUCAACAACUGUCACUCGCCGAGGGUGGAGAAACCGAGCAACAGGAAACGUAAGGGUGACCAGAAGGAAGGACAGCUCUUACCAGCCAAGAUAUCCAAAACUACUCUUAAUGAUAAGAUACAAAACUCCAAACAGCUGACAACCAAUGGAAUUGGUGGUAGCUCUGAAGUUUUUACGGAUACUCAUGCACAUCAGCCUUUGGACAGGGAGAUUCCUGAGCCUUUGGACGGUGAAAGGCUAAAUAAAAUCCCAGUCAAUGCUGUUAAACCUCAUCCAAGUGCCCCAGGAUACAUCAAGCCUCCUAGCACCUCUUCUUUGCUAAAAGCAUCAGUUUUGCAGCAACAAGCCAGACAGGAGAAAGCUUUCUCUGGGGGGCAGCAUCGACCCAGAAGCCCACGCUGUUCCCUGCACGGUCCUCAAACUCCAAAACAGGAAGCAGGUGUCAAACAGGCUGCGUCACAGGCACAGGUUCUUUCUAUCCCCGCUGUGAGGCCUGGGUCUGUGGACACCUCUGGGCUGGAGCCUUCCACUCAGCCUUUCACUGGUUGUGUUCAGGGUUUGCACACAGGCGGUUCAGAUUUGGAUUCUCAAAGCAGGCCUCCCAGUACGUCUCUUCCCAAGUCUUUUGCCUCGUCCUGCAGUGAUGUGCUCGGUUUGGAAGACGAUGGUACAGUUAGCAAUACAGAGAAAAGGAAAAGACAGAAAUAUAGGCCUAAGGACCAUGUGAUAAAUUUAGAUGGAGAGACCGUGGAGGAUGGCACUAAACCUGUCAGGUUAAAAGACAGGAGACUGACAUUUGACCCUGUAACAGGACAGAUAAAAUCCUCCUUUCAAAAGGAGUCUUGCCAGGAGGGGGAGAUCAGACCGGCCCACAGACCUGAGUCUCAGGGGUCAGAACAGCCGAAGCAGAAUCCUACAGUCUCUCCCAGUCCCUUCCAGCAGACCGACUGGAAAGAGCUGUCGAGGAGCGAAAUCAUCCAGUCGUACCUUAGCCAGCAAAGCAAUGUGCUGACAUCGUCAGGCGCAAACACCCCUGGUGCACACUUUUUCAUGACAGAGUUCUUGAAAAAAGAGGAACACCGAAGUACAGAUGUCAAGAAAACACACGUGUUGGCACCAGAGCUCCCAGCCAGGGAUUUACCGGGGGUAAGCAGAGAGGUCGUCAAUGAAGACCUGAACAGAUUACACAAGCAGCACUGGUCCGGGGUUAACGGUUGCUAUGACACAAAGGGUACUUGGUAUGACUGGACAGAGUGCAUCUCUUUAGACCCGCAUGGAGAUGAGAGCAGGUUGAACAUUCUGCCGUACGUCUGUCUGGAUUGAAACUGAAGUAGGGUUUCUAAAUUGGAAGUUGUAAGAUGCCUUCCUCGUACGGCGGAGCAACUCUGCGCGUGUGAAGGUUUUUUAUAUCAGUGUACGCUGCUGUUUCACACCAUUGGUGAAAGUGGAAUCAGUGUGCUGCCUGCUUGGCUGCGUGUGGAAUACAGGGGGUUUAAUCAGUGUUUUAGGAGUUUUUGGACAUGUGUGUUAGGACGGCACGAAGGAACGAGGCUAUGCAUUAUCUGACCAUUUAGUUGUGGGUGUUCCCAAAACCUGCCAUUCUUUGUAUGGGAAAGGACAACCCAUUAAACAAACAUUUUAUUUGUGUUAAGUUAUUCACAUGCCCCAUUGAAUGUGACUUAACUUAAUUGUGUGCAUCUACCUACAUCUGGUCCACAGAGCGGUCUCAUUUAUUUUAAAUUUUUGUUACAUUUUUAGUUAAAGUUUAAAAAAAAAUGGGAAUAACCAACUCAAACACCUUUCAAUAGGGAGUAGUAAGCUACAUAAUUGGAGCGGACAACAAACCGAUACGCCUGCCAAUAAGGUAUUGUUACGAUUGCUCAUGCAUAUUGAACGCUAUUUAGCUGUUAAAGCUGAAAUGAAUGCUACCUUUAGGUAGCUAUCAUCAUUACCAUUGGUUUUAACAACUAUCUACUACUGUGAACAACUUUUAUCAUUACACCUUUAGAACCGCUGUUUACCCAUCGCAAAACUGUCUCUUGCAGCCAUUUUUAGCAGAAAAAUAACUGACAAAUCAGCUUUAAAACAUUUGACUAUUGUUCUUGUGUUGUUAGGUUUGAAUGCUGUUUAAUAAAGUGACAUGAAACUGCCAGAUGUGACUGUUCAGUUGGGGUGUGCGAGAAAGAAAGGCUAGUAUGGUGGUUGAAAAAUGCACGUCGCUGAUAAGAAAUGUGGCUGUCAUGUAUGAUAUUUAUUUCUAUUUACAUAUUCAUUUUAAGAUUUAUAUACAUGUUCAGGCUCCACAAACAUUUUUGUUAGAUUUUGUUUUAUUCAGAAUUGGUUCAGUGAUGCUGCAGUGACAGUCCAACCUUUUCCUGCUGAUGCGCCGACCUACCUUACACAGGAAACUGUCCAAAAUGACACAUUCUGAUAAUGUGAACUUUAUUUUAUACUUGCCUUUUCCCUUUACUGUGUAUUUAGGCUGUAAAAUAUGAAUUUAAAUUGCAGAGCAGUUAAUGCUACUAGCUUGCAUCUUUGUACUGUUCAGGAAGAAAUGAGACAUAAAUUGACAUGCUGGAUAAAGUACUUAAUAUCAUUCCUGUAGAUAUUGUUUGCCUUAUGGAAACCUGUGUUUUCACUAAAGACAGAGCCUUAGUGAAUGUGAAGAAAUUAGCCUUUUGUGUUCCAUCGAAUGCAGAAGAGAAGAUAUUUGCUACUAAGUCCUUUAAGUGGACAUGUUGAUAUGUGUUAAUAAAAAAAGCUGAAGGUAUUGUCAUUGUCU